CGCAUGACAUUUAGGUCAACAAACCAGCCAACCCGGUCCGAAAGGGGAGGAGAAUGAUCGAGUGAAAAAAAGUGGUCUGAUUCUGUCUGUCUGUCUGCUGUGGUUCUUCCCAUCCGUGCAGAUCUCGUGAGUCCUGUGUUCGACCAGCGGCUGCAUCGCCACAAACAAAUCACUGACUGACUUACGUCGGGUGAGCAAAACACCCGACGUAAGUCAGAGUGGCUCCAGAUGGAUGGGCUGUGUGUGUGUGUGGUGCAUGUGUGCAGACUCGAUUUCCUUUUUCGCUUAUCACAUCGCCGCUGGCUCGCCACCAGCUCACGUAAGGAGGCAAACAAGGCGCUCUAGACAUACAGCCCGUCUGCAUGUCACUCUGUGAUGUUCAUUUUGCAGACAUCUCAGUCACUCAUGGCGUCAGACUCUGUUCCCUCUCUGUGGCCCUCUCACUCAAGACGGCCUCACACACACUCAAUGACCCCACCAGGCGGCCGGCACUCGUCACACAGAUCGACAAGCAGCCGCCCACAGAGAUCCCCAAAGGCGUCAAGCUGCCGGUCGUCCUGCAGCAGCGCAUCGAGCGGGCCAUGCAACCCGAGGACCUUCAUGACCUUUUGGCCUUCGACAUUCCUGACGUGGCGGGGGCCCUCAAGACGGCCUACAUGCUGGAGCGAUGCAGCGGCCACUGGAAGGUGAUGAAGGCCUUCAUCGCCCUGGCCUUCAUCUACCGGCUCACCCCCAAUGCGACGCGGCCCCUCAUGGUGUCGGCCGAUUCGCUGCCCACCACUUUAGAGUUCGAUGAGCUGCCCCUCACCAUGGCCGCCUACAAAACAUUCGGCCACCUGCUCAGCCACCGGGGGACCAGCCUGGCGUUGCGGCGAGCUGCCAACGGUGCCUAUCGGAUCGGCGAUCAUUCGUUUCGUGUGGUGCCGCUGAGUGAGCUGCGGGCUGAGCACCCCUACCGCAGCGGAUACAAGGAUAGCGACCCCGCCAUCCGCUGGGGCCAUUAUCUCUACCCAUCAUUCACGGCAUUCAUCACGCGAACGGUUCUGAUACAGUGGUGUUACCAAAAGGGGGUGGUGAGGAAGCCACUGGGAACAGCUCGUGUCGGUCGUGACGACACUCGCUAUCGGUCCCUGCUGACGGCACCGUCCAUCGAGGGCUACAAGACCGUCGACUACAUGUACACCGUACAUGUCAGGGGACAGGAGGGCUACUACCGCCGUCGACUCAUCGUGCUCAAGGGGACGGGGGGGACCGACACGAUCGUGGCCUUUCUGUGGGUGUCCGAUGGCUGCAUCAGCCUCUUCACGACUGAGGCGCCGACAAAGGGCAGACACGUUGCAACUGCGGCGGCCGCCCGCCCUCUGCUGGCCAGCUAUGGGCUGGAUCAGCGUAUGCUGGGAUAGAUCAAUUCGAUGACGAAAUACCGGUGAGGAUGGAUGGGGGGGAGGGAGGGGGGCUGUAGGUUGUGAGGGAGAGAGAGUAGGUAUGACCGUCAUCUCAUUUCCUGUGUGCCGUGCUGCGUUGAUUUCUGUAGGUGUCGCAUUACUCUGUUGGCGUGACAGUGGGGCGGAUUGCUCCAGGUGCCCGUAAGGACGGGUGGGUCUCACCAUGAGGGAGGCCUGAUGAAGCGGGGGUGGUAGACAAGGUGGUGCUGUGGGUCCGCAGUGACCGUAGCAACCCCGGCCGUGAUGUAGGUCCCUCCCUCUCUCCCGUCUCGCUUUUAUUCUCCCCGUGCGUGUGACAGCCGGUGGUGCGUGUUGCCAAGUCACCCCCUUUUCUUCCUCUCUGUCCACCUGUCUGCCUGCCCGGUGUGCGGGUGAGGUUGCGAGUCUUCCUUGCAGACACAGAGAGGCUUCGUCUGACUUGAUUACAUGGGCGUGCGAGUGAGGAAGGUGGUUUGGUGUGUCGUCGAGAUGCCUGCCUGCAUAGAGGAUAACUGUAGUCCCUAUGAUCAUAAAACAACCUGUGUGUGUGUGUUUAUAUAUGUGAAUGCGUGAAUUGUCAGACCGGUGUUGGUUGCACCUGCAUUGCGUGUGUGUGCUGCGCAGUCUGUGACUGAUUUACAAGUGCUGAUUGCCAGG